GUCUCCACCUGAAUGAAACAGCACAGAGGGCAGGCUUUGCUUUGAAAUUAACGAAUGAAGAACUCUAAUGCGAAGGAAUCUCUUUAUGAAACUGGGUCUUUUUAAACAUGUACACCUGGCGGUGCUUCAUCGCCAUGAUCUUUGUGCUGGUUUGGUACUUUUCAGAGUUUGUACAAUUAUUGACACAGGCUUUCUUUGUUUUUUUAUGCUUUUUCAAUUUUCCUUUCAAAAAGCAAGACCGUGAAACAAGCACUCAGACGGAUCAUAUAAUUGAGGAAACCUCACGACAGACAAAGAAGGGUCAUCAUGUUGGUGAUGAGGUUGAUGCAACCAGGAUAGGACAAACUGUGCCUCAGACAAUGCAAUAUUCAAAUGUACAGAGGUCACUCCUGCAGGUAUUUAAAUGUGCCUAUGCUCAUCUGGUCCAGCCCUGGUACACUGUCCCAGAACUUGGCGACAGUCAGCCCUUACAUCGGGCACUACAGGAGGAGUUCAACAUACUUGUGGAGAAAAUCAUUUGCAAGGCCAAGGACUUUGAUCUCUCUGCUACUAGCGUGGGUUGCAUUCGGAUCUUCACUAAGCACCUCCACAGUGCGAAGCAUUCAGAUGGUUUCCCAGUAUUCAGCUCAAGGUCUGAGGAAAUGGCAGUGCUCAGAACCUUCUCUGAGGCUCUGGUGCGAAACUUUUUGCCUGAGUACCUCUGGGAACCAAAGCUCUACCAGUGUGUCCUAACCGAGAUUCUGGCUACAAAAGCACUGGAUGUGCUUGUGACAUGCCUCUGUAAUCCAGACAACCUGAACCAGAUGGUGGUUUUGCAGCUGGAUAGAGUAACCCCCAAAAACUCUAUUGGAGACUUGGUAAACUCUGACAGGGAAGGUACACCAUCCUCCAUAGGAAGUGACAGGGCAGAAGUAAUAACGGAUACAGAGGAUAGUCUGUCUGAUGAAACCAGAGGAAAAAAGAAGGGCACUAGGAUUAAAGAAAGAUUUUCUAAAUUCGUUGAUAAGGUAAAGUUAAAGAAAGCCAAAAAGAAACUCAAGAAGAAGGAGCAAGAGCUUUUACAGAGGGCUUUAUCAGCACGUAGACCUGCUGUUAUUGAGGAUGAUGAAGCAAGCAGCAGAGAGGGCUCCAUCAAAAGCCACAUGGACUCAGAUAAUGACAGUGAUCCGGAUGUUUACCUAACAAGUCUCCAAGAGGACAUGAUGGAGUUUAAGCUUUCCUACGAGAUGUGGCGAGUGGGGAAGUGGGCAGUCCGUGUUAUUAAUGUUGAAAAGGAGAAGGAAGAGUUGUGUUUCACCAUUCACCUGGAGGAGAGAAAUAAUCCGGAGAAUCUCCACUGGGAUGUGAAAAAGACCCAGUCAGAUAUACUUCAUUUACAUAAUCUCUGGCAGGUGAGAAAAGAAAUGGAUACAUCAACGUUACCCUCUAUAUCUGCAAUAUUAGAGAAAACAAAGAGGGAACUUGAUGACACAUAUACAGAUGAAGUUAGAUCAGCCUUGGAACACUUUUUGCAAGAGCUGGUUUCUGAUGCACAGCUUGGUCAUACUCAGCCUGUAUUCCAGUUCCUCUGCCCCCUUGCAAGAUUACUGAGUGAAGAGGAAGAUGAGGGAGGUGUGUGGGGACUUCUCAGUGGACUAGCAUGCUUCCUCACUCCUGGCCACGAUGAGGAAGAGACUCAUAACCCCAAAGCGGAGGAAAAACUUGAUGAAGCAGGAUCCACAGUCCAUCACCGUGCACAACCAGCCUGCUUUGACACAGAUGAAGAGCCAGAUUCGGGCAUCGUGGAAGAGCCAAUGGCCACAAACUUGAGAUUUUGUACCCCCCAUGAAGAGACUGAACCCCUCGGAAGCGAAGAACCUCACAUGGAAGACAUCAAUGAAAUCUCUAAUUCAAGCUCGGUUAUGAUCAAUAAUGAGGGCUUACAUUUUGAAACAGCUGACAGAGUUAAAAGCCUCCAGUCUGGUGGCAAAACAAACAAAAAGGAAAAGUUAACUCACAAAAAGUCAAAUGGAUCACAAGGGAAGUUGAAGGGAAAAGAGAAAAUGGGUCAACUCAAAGAAGACGCAACAAAUCAGCCACAGGUACAGAAAAAGGAAUCCAACCAGACCAACUGGGAGCAACUUGAGGCCACCAAAGCCAUAUUUGAUUUAUUAAAGGAAAUAACUGGCAGCUCAGUCUUAAUUAAUAUUGUAGAUGCCAUUCUAAAACCUGUUAUGCCUUUGGUAAAGAAGAAAGUAAACAACUUUUUAAAAAGACUGAAUCCCACUGAAGCUCAGAUCGCGUCCUAUAUUGACAAUCUUAGGGAAAAGAUGUGGCCAGAUGGAGACGUGCCCGUUCGGCCACCACGUGACAGUGAGGAGAAGCAUGAGACCAAAGAACGGGCUUUGCAGCUCAUAAAUUCAAAAUAUUCAAAGUCACUAAUCCUCAAGAAGACUGAUGUGGAAACUGUGUUUAAGAUCUUUCAGGACAUGGAGGAGAACAAGAAACUUGUUUAUAUGCUGCUCUCACAUGUCUUAAGGGAGUUCCUGCCUGGAGAGCCUGCCUUCACUACAAUAGAUAAUCUACCUGUGAAGGAUUUUGUUUCAUAAUAGGAACAAGAUCUUUUAUAAUCUUUUAAAGAAUCUGUCUUGUGUUUUUAUUUAUUUUUAUGUGCGUUAUUUAAUUACUUUUUUUAAUUCAUAUUCUUCAAAGAUGCAUUCCGAUAUGUCAGGCUUUCACUUCCCUGAGCAGCACGAAAACUCAAAUGUUUGUUUAUAUUUACAUUUACCGAAAUUUGCUAACCCUUGUUACUUUAGCAUUUUAUUUUCCAUGUCAACAAUAUGCCACAAUAACUCUGGUUUGAUUUUAAACUUAUCUUUAAAAAACUAUCACUGUAUGUGUAAUUUCACUCUUUGUUUUGUAUCUUAAAAUUGUACACUUUGCAGCACAGAAAAUGGUUAUUACUCAGGAUCAAGAAGACAAAAUCAUCAUGAUAUUGACCACUAUUUUCUAUGAGACUUAUUAAUAAUAACCAGUAGAGGGUCUAAACAGAAUGUAUUUGAGGAAUAACAUUGCUAAUAAAUUUAUUUUGACUAGUACUUCCGAU